UGCCUUAGCUUCCUCUUUGCUAUCAGUCUCAGGCUUGGCUCCAAAGAAUAUAAAGCAGUGGUUUGAAAUACAUAAAGCUCAACUUCCUUCUGUGUGGCUUAUCCUGGAAGUGGGGGAAAACAACAAAUUCUGGGUUCUAGGAAACCUGAAGAUGUCUUUUCAGAUUUCUGCUCAGGCACCCUGGAGAAACAACAAUCUUACUUUUUUAAACAAAGACCACCCACUCUCUGAACAAGGAGAAACAAUUAUUGGCUUUUAUCUGCUCGCUCUGGGUUGGAUGUCUUGGAUUGGGAAUAGCAUUGUAAUUUUUGUACUAUAUAAACAACGAGCUGUUCUUCAACCCACGGAUUAUCUGACAUUUAAUCUGGCUGUAUCUGAUGGCAGCAUUGCUAUCUUUGGUUAUUCCCGUGGUAUCAUUGACAUUUUCAAUGUGUUCCGAGAUGAUGGCUUCCUUGUUACAUCAAUAUGGACUUGUCAGAUUGAUGGAUUUCUGACAUUGCUGUUUGGCCUCGCCAGUAUUAAUACACUCACGGUGAUCAGUGUAACUCGUUAUAUAAAAGGGUGCCAUCCUAACAGAGUAUAUUGUAUCAGCCUGAGCAGUGUCUCCUUUGCUAUUUUUCUUACCUGGACAACAGCUUUCUUCUGGUCACUGGCUCCACUCUUGGGAUGGGGGAGCUAUACAGACCGGAUGUAUGGAACAUGUGAAAUCGACUGGACAAAGGCCAAUUUCUCAACCACAUAUAAGUCCUACAUUGUCUCAGUGUUCAUCUGCUGUUUCUUUGUCCCUGUGAUAGUCAUGGUUUUCUCAUAUACGUCCAUCAUCAAUACAGUUAAGUCAAGCCAUGUAUUAAGUGGAAUGGGAGACCCAACGGAUAGGCAGCGGAGGAUGGAACAAAGCGUUACCAGGAUCUCCCUUGUUGUCUGCACUUGUUUUAUUGCUGCCUGGUCCCCAUAUGCUGUCAUUUCCAUGUGGUCUGCUUGUGGUUACACUGUCCCCAACUUGACCAGCAUCUUUGCCAGCCUUUUUGCAAAAUCUGCCAGCUUUUAUAAUCCCAUCAUCUACUUUGGGAUGAGCUCCAAAUUCCGAAAAGAUAUCUCCAUCUUCUUCCACUUUGCCAAAGAAAUCAAGGACCCCGUAAAGCUCAAACAGUUCAAGAUCCUCAAGCAGAAAAUGGACAACUCCCCAUCUCAAGGAGAAGAGAAGAAUGCAAUAAAUGCACAGCCUGUCCUGCAUUCUGAUUUAGAGAAGGGGAGUCAUUCUAAUACGCCUCCCCCAGCAAAUAGAGAAGAGCGUUUGGUUGCUUUUGAUAACUUGCCUUCAAAUUCUGACAUUGAAUGUGAUCGACUGUGAUCAGGAGCAUGGACAUCUAAUUAAUGCAACACAGAGAAUAUGGAUUUCUUUGAGUGUCCUUUCUCUGUCUCCACCUUGUCAUAUUAAAGCCCAUUUGAUUUUAAACAAAGUUAAGAGCUAUGAAAGUAAGAACAAAAUUGUAAGACUGAUAACAUUUCUUGGUAAGUGACUACAUAUGAAGUAAAACAGCACAGACAUAAUAUGAAUGGUAUUUAUUUCUCUUCUAGUGCUGAAAGAUUGCAGGCAAAAUAUAUUCUUGUACAAUUCUUAUUCUCUGGCAGGUUUAACAAAAAUGACAAAUUUACACUCCCCAGUCAUAGGAAUUAGAAGUUACAUUUUUCUGCCUUUUUAUUCCUUGCUUGGAAUCCCAUGUUGUUUUGUUUGUUCCACCAAAGCACAAUAUUGCUUUGAUAUUAAGGAAACUUUUGCCAACAGCAUUUGAAUGUGGCUCCACAUUCAGCCACCAGAGGAUGAACAAUAAUUAAUGUUCUUACCAAAUAUACUAACUGCUACACAAACUGUCAGAAAAUCAAGCAAUUAUUGACCCAAAGAUUUCAACCAAGUUCUGGGGGUGGCAGUCUUGAUUUCUUAUUCAUAACUGAAAAUAAACUACAGUCAAAAGCUAGUUUAUAUAUAUUUAGGUAAUACUUAAGAAAAUAGAUAAAUUAGCAAAUUUAAGGAAAGGAGAAAUGUUUUUUUCUAAAUAUUCUAGAAAUGCAAUCCCUAUCAGUCCAUAUUAUUGUUGUUGUUAUUACACUGCCUUUUUAAUAUAUAUCUUAUAUACCAUUAAAAUUUUCAUUGUGCUUGUCUGUCUGUACUAUGUUAGCCAAGGCUGCAUUAUACUGCAACAUUUUUUUAAUUAAGGCUCCUAAAAUUCACUAACUUAAAGAAGGCAUAAAAAUCUAGGGCCCAUUACUCCAGUGGAAUUGAAGUUUCUGAAGAUGUUCAGAUCAGUUUUAUUUGCAAAACUCUGGCUAUUCCUACGGUCCCGUUUCUGCAAGUCAAUGGGGACGCUGGCAGGAAAUUGGAAGUCACUCAUGCUCCAGCUGCUUUUUUGCUCAUGGUUAUUCUGUUUUAUCUAGUCACAUCAGACUGCACUGCCUUUCUCUCAAAGGAUGACCCAAUAGAUCACUGGAUUGUCUAGCAAGGGGUAGGCAACCUUGGCUCUUUUAUGACUCGUGGACUUCAACUGGCUUAGGAAUUCUGGGAGUUGACAUCCACGAGUCAUAAAAGAGCCAAGGUUGCCUACCCCUGAUCUAGCAUAUCUAUAUAUUAAUAUUCCUGCCACCCAUUUCCCCACAAUAACAACAAUCCUGUGAGAUGGAUUGGACAGACAGAGAAAGAGAGAGUGAAUAGUCCAGAAACACAGAUCAUAUUCAGGAAUAUUUUGUAAAAUAUAUAUAUAUUAUGCAAGAUCUUUAAGGGAACUGGGUAUAUACCCCUGCCUUUAAUAGAACCAAUCAAAAUUCCAAAAGGUAGAGGUGAAAACUUUUUGCCAAAAAAUUUCACUGUAGUAGGAAAUACCAAAAAAGGGAGGGGAGGAGGGGAGAAGGAAACAAAAGAGUAAAAAAUUCUAGCUAUGUGCUUUUAAUAGUGAUAUGUAUCUUGGACUAUUGAUGUUAACAAUAUUUUGGAACCUGAAUUGAGAAGCAAAGAUGAUCACAUUAUACAUUCUGCCUUGUUUUUGCUAACACAGCAGUUCAAAACAAUGUGACAAUCCCAUCUUACAUAAAAAUCCUGACUGACAGAGUUUUUAGAUUUUUUAUUUAACCUUCCUCCAAUACGUAGUCCAAGAACAUGAUACUUCCAUGUAAUGAAAUGUUUGGGUUCAUUUAAUUCAAGUACCCAUCCCUAUAGAGGGUGCUGUUGCUUAUGCUACCAAAAAAAACCCCAAUAAUCACAAGAAAAUCUUAAGUUGAAUGCAGCAUGUUAAAAUAAUAUGAAUUAUAUUAAAACAGAAUUGUACAUGUAUCAAUUUUUGAUGGAAAAACUGAAAUCUGGGGUAUUGCAUUCACAGCAUGGAUGCAAAAUGAACUUCAGUUAGUAGAAAUUUAAUACAAAAUAAUGUUGUGACAACUAUGUAGCAUUAAUUUUUGGGCUAAUGGAUCUCUUAUGAAAUUCACAGCUAGAUUCACAUAACAUAAAAAUGGUGUUGUAAACCCAGUCAAUCAGCAAAUAGAAAACAUCUGACAUUGGUCUAUAUUCUUAACUCUUUUUUCUUUUUGUGCAUUUAUAUGUGUCCAUGACAUAAUAUUGUUCCUUUGACUAUUAAAUGAAUGGGUAGGGGAGAGAAACUACUAGCACUUUGCAAGCCAGUGGAACUGUAUAUAGUUCAGUAGGGAGAGGAUAGAAGCCUCAUGUGUUUCA